AUGGAUAUUGAUAUCGUUAACGCUAUAUUACGAUUAUGCACUGAAAAACAAAUAUGUCUAUUCGAAGUACCAUUUCUAUGUAAUUAUUGUCUUGAACAACAUUUAUGUACGAAUCCCAAAUAUGUCCUUGCUAGUAUUAAAAAUUAUAUGGAAAUAUUUAAAAUCAGUCGAGAUAAAAAUCGAAUCGAAUUUGUUAUGCCUUUUGAAAUCUGUCGAAAUAAAUUCAUCGAUGGUAUUUGUCAAAAUGGAGAUUCAUUAUGUACAAAUUUUCAUAUAUGUUACGAUUAUUUUUAUACAAAUUCAUGUCGUUAUUCAAUAAAUUGUUCAUAUCCACAUAUGUUAACAGAAAAAUAUCAUAAAAAUAUACUUGGACCAUUAAUUAGUCUUGAUUUAGAUUUAUUAACUAAAGCUUUUCGAAUUUAUUGUCAAUCUAAAAAACACUUAAUAAAUUAUAAUUCAUCGAAAGGACAACAGCCAAUCGUCAAUUCAUCUCCAAUUAAUAAUUCAACACCAUCAUCAUCUGUAACAAAUAAUUGCCGAACGAUAAUAAAUCCACAAAUAAAUGGAAAUUCAUCGUGGAAAACAAAUAAUCGACUACUUAUUACUUUAAGAACUCUUCCAAAACAACAAACAAUUUCAUCAAUUCGUAAGUUUUUAUUAAACUAUAGAUUGAAUAGCGCAUUAGUCUUUUUCUAUCAUUGAUAGGAAAUAUAGAUAUUCAAUGAAUGAUGAUUUUGAAUGUCUUAAAAUGAAAGUUGUCGUUUUGUUUUCCUACUUUAUUAAUAAAAAACAUUACAAAAAGUUCGAGAACUUGAUAGUGAUAUUCUUUCACUAAUAACAUAAAUUCCAUCGAUUUUUUUUUCUGCCAAUACUGUAGGACGCCUAAAAUGUAACCGAUCUGCUAACAUAUCAGUUUCGUCAAUACCAAUUGACAAGCUUUGUGUUUUACAAUCGUAUAUGACUCAAAUUGAGCUUUGAAUAAAGCUAUUUUAGUUCUAAUGUGUAUAGACAUAGACAUUUAAUCUCAACGACGUUAAAUACAACUUACAGGAGCAAUAAGUUAAAUUAUAGAAAGCUUAUCUAAAUUGUUGAAGAGCUAUUCGCAUUUUCUUUUUAUUCCGAUGGACUUUUGAAAAAUUCUACAGAUCAAACUAUACCAGCACAGCAUCUUUAAUUGAAUAUUUUUUAGAGAUUAAUUGCACGUACUGUUAUAUCAAAGUAGGCUAGUUCAACUAUUGUCGAUUCUCAAGUUAACAUCUAAUGUUUUAAUUUGAAAUCAGACAACAGAUUUUAUUAACAUUGAAAAUUGUAAAUAUUAUUAUAAUAAUGAUGAGGGCUAUCUUUGUUUUCUCUAUAGAAGUACCAGUGAAGAACUUAUACUAUAUUCUUCAUAAUCCUGAAGUCUACUCAACAGGCGAAGUUCCGUUCUAAAAUUAUAGCUUUUUUGAAUUGAACGUAGACCUAUUCUAUUCAAAAUAUGCUCACAAACGAACUAUCCUAAUUGAUCCUCGUUGUUUGGGCUUAUAUUGCACCCAGGGUUGGCCGUAAAAGUGUCGAAGAAAUGAAGGGGAAAAAUGUCGAAAAAAUAAUAUCGACAUGAAAAAUAGUCACCAAAUGUUUAAGAGAGUUAUGAAUAGAAAUGAACAUGUUUUAUUAUAUGCGUUGGUGUUAACAUUCUAACAGUGAUCAAAUAUACAGUCGAGGACAAAAGUUUAAGCGAUCUGCAUUUGUCCUUUCUCUUGUUCUGCGUCUAUCUCAGUCCAAGUAAGUCGAAACCAUUUCGUUCACCCACCAUCUUGUAAAGUUUUCGACGCUCUUUCCAGCGGUGGGUGAAUUAAGGAGAAUUGAGUUAAUGGGGCGGAGUUAUUGCCGUUUUCGGUGUUUUUUGGGCCUCUAUGUAUAAUGCGAAUAACUCCGCCGUCUUAAGUGGAAAGUCCGAUCUUUUUUCACCAGUUGAUAGCCCUUAAAAUUCUGCAUUGACCUAUGUGACUUUUGUCCCAAUAUUCUAAAAGCUAUAGGUCAAGAAAUUCGUACCACCAAAGCGGACCAUAACUCGGUUUUCACACAAAAACAAGUUAUGCUCCGCUAAAAUCUCUAUCGAAAUCCAAACCCCUUUUCAACGAUGCCCUAUGCACUUUGAAACACCAGCUACAAGAUGUGCUAAGUGCGAGGGUUCUACUUUGCUUCCUGUAUUUUAGCGGAGCAUAACUUGUUUUUGUGUGAAAACCGAGUUAUGGUCCGCUUUGGUGGUACGAAUUUCUUGACCUACAGUUCUUAGAAUAUUGGGACGAAAGUCACAUAGGUCAAUGAAGAAUUUCAAGGGCUAUUAACUGGUGAAAAAAGAUCGGAUCUUCGAUUUAAGACGGCGGAGUUAUUCGCAUUAUACAUAGAGGCCCAAAAAACACCGAAAACGGCAAUAACUCCGCCCCAUUAACUCAAAUUUCCUUAAUUCACCCACCGUUAGAAAAAGCGUCGAAAACUGCACAAGCUG